AAAUGUUCUCGUGUAACUUUUUAUAUUGUGUGUGGGAAUUUAUCGAUCAUUGUGAUAGAUUUUAAUCUACCUGUGUAUGUAGUUUCGCUGUGUAGACAACGUACACUGGCAGCCGCAGAAGUAAAAACGACAGAACUUAUUUAUACCGCUCUAAUGUUUUACUAAGACGGUGUCAUUGGAAUUUAAAGCUUAAAAGGGUAAUCAAUGUACCAGAUAUGGCUGAAGCUAAAUAGAAAUUGUUAUGGUUGGUGUUUUCUCGGCCGUUUGUCGGCGAAUUACAAGAAGACGACCCAUUUGCUCUGGCCUAAAUGAUACAGGCACAGAAUACUCUGAAAAUAAGGAUCAGAAUCUAAAAGAAUGUCUGUCAACAUUAGAUCUUGUUUCAUUGGGCGUAGGGAGUUGUUGUGGAACUGGGAUGUAUCUAUCUUGUGGUCUGGUAACCAUGACAGCAGGGGGACUAGGUGCUAUUAUAGCCUUUUUAGUGAGUGGAAUAGCAGCAUUACUUUCAGGAAGUUGUUAUGCAGAAUUGGCUUCUGUUUGCCCUAAUACUUCGGGGUCGGCGUACAUUUACAGCUAUACAACAGUUGGAGAGCUGAUUGCUUUUAUUAUAGCAUGGGGGUUGAUAGCAGAAUAUGUUAUUGGAGCAGCAUUGGCAUCAGUUGUAUUGAGUACUACUAUAGAUUCAAUGUUUGAUUUUGUUUUAAAAGAUUAUUUAUCUACAUGGGGAUCAAUAGGAGGACGGGAAUAUUUUGAUGUGCUGGCAGUUGUCAUAUGUGUGAUAUUGACCAUAGUUUUGAUUAGCGGCGUCGAGCUUUCUGCUUCCAUCAACAACAUUCUCAAUCUGAUUAAUUUGUCAGUUCUUAUAUUUUUUAUUGGUAUCAGUAUCUAUUAUAGUAAGAUUGAAAAUUGGACUGCUACUGACCGAUCUUCUACUUGGGGAAUUAAGGUUCUAGCUGAGAUACCGACAGCCUAUUUUGCUUUCAUUGGCUUUGAUGGAAUUGCUUCUGCAGGUGGCGAAACUAAGAAUCCCAGUAAAUCCGUACCCAAAUCUGUGAUUUUAUCCAUUACUAUAUGUACUUUGAUAUAUGUAUCAGUAUCAUUAUGUCUAAGCUUAAUAGUUCCGGCUAGUCAACUACCAGAAAAUACCGCCAUGAUGGAUGUUUUUGUGUUAAAGAACAAUUACUACGCAAAAUAUUUUAUAUCAAUUGGAGCAGUUUGUGGAUUAUUUGCUGCUGCAUUUGGUUCUAUGUUUCCGUUACCCAGAAUUCUUUGUGCUAUGGCUAGAGACGGACUCAUAUACAGCCAUUUUGGAGAAAUAUGCCAGAAAACCAAAACACCCCGACCUGCAACAUUAUUAACUGGUAUAUUAUCUAUAUCGUUAGCUGUUACUAUUGAUCUAAAUUAUCUGAUAGAAUUGGUUUUAAUGGGUAUGUUUUUUAAAUGA